AUGGCGGCGCCCAGGGGCGGCUCGGGCCCGGACAGCGACAGCGGCUCGGACUCGGAGAGCGGCGGGGAAGCGGCCGCGCGGUUCCGGGAGGCUGCCUGGGACUGCCCCGCCCUGGCGGCGGCGCGGGCGGAGCCGCACAGCGGGGGCUUUAGAAAGGAUCGGUUGCAGCCUAAAGAUCAGCCAAGCCUGAGGCGUGAGGCAAUCGGCCGCCAGGAGGGUGACAAUGAGCUCCAGACAACUCCAGAGUUCAGAGCACAUGUUGCAAAGAAACUGGGAACCAUGCUAGACAGUUUCAUCACUGUCUUGAAGGACUCAUCAGGACCAUCCCAGACUUCACUGGCACAGUCUGACUCUGAAGAUGAUGGUUUUCGCCUCUUCUCUUCCUCUGUCCCUGGAGACUGUGGGAAGCCAGAGCCUUGCCCUGCAGCGAGGAGGAGGAGGCCAGUUAGCUCCAGUGACACUGACAGUGACCAAGAGUGGCAGAGGUGCCAGGAGGCUGCUGUGUCAGCUGCAGAUAUUCUGAAGCAAAGUGCUUUCCCUGCAUUGUCCCAGGAUCAGAGUCAGGGCUCUGUAGAGCCCAACCAGAAAAAGAAGAAGAAGAAAAUUAGGAGAGAGAAUAAUAUUCAAGAGAAAAUAAUAGACCCAGCAGAGUGUGACCAGAUCUGCAAAGAUUUGCCUCGGCUGGUGUCUGCAAAUGGCCAGCAGGAGAGACAGAACAGCAAUCACAGAGAGAACUCUGUGCUGCCAGGAGCUGUGAAGAAGAAAAAGAAGAAGAAGAAAAAAGAAUGAUUAUUUUGCUCUGCAAACAGCGGGUGGUUGUGAUGGGUGAAGGAAACUGAAAGAAAACCUAACAACAGGAGUUGCUGCAGAUGAGGGAAAAUUAAUUGGCAAAGCGUCUGUUCUGCAAGCUCAGUGGCCUGAGAGACUAAUUAAGGGACUUCCUGUGCUCCUGUGUCCCCGAGGAAGGGAACAUUGUUCUCCUCACACAGCAGUUGGCUGUGCUGCUGCUCAUGGAGGCCCAAUCUGAAAGGAUUAAAUGCUGUGCCAGACGUGCAUGGCAGAGGGAUGUGCUCAGAGCUGCAUUCCUCCUGCUCUGUCCCUUCACCUCUGAAACCCUUCUGCAGAAAGUGUGAGAUGAAUUCCAUUUGGUUUACAUGGCAACAGGUGAUCAACUGCAUUUUCUCUUUGCCUCCUUGUAGACUACUAAGAAUAGCUCCAGCCUGUGGGAGACUCAUUUAUCAAAAGCAUCCUGUCAGAAAUCAGGGCCCCUUAUUUUUUCCCUGCAAACAUCAUAACAAUCUGUUUUUGAAACCUGCUGUGUUACUAAUCCCUCUGCAAUCUGCACCUCUCCAGGGUCCCUGCACAUGAGCAGUGUGUGACAAACAGCUGUAAGGAAUCUUUAGUGAGAAUAAGCACCAAGAGGUUAAACAGUGGGACAAACCACCUUGAUAUCAGUUUUAGAACACAGACACAGAAGAUUUUCAGGACCUCAUGAAAGACUUAUUUUCUUCAGCAAGAGACCAGAAAUCCUGCAAAGUGGGAGAAGCCUUCAUUUCCCUGAGGUGGGUUCUGGAUUGCUGCUUUGGACCAGCCCCUGCUCAAGCAGAGGUUCAGAGCUGUGAGGUGCUCAGGACCAUCCCCGGCCCUUUCCUCUGGAGUGCUGCACACCUCAGUGCUGAGGCAAGGUAAGACCAUCCAUGCUGGCAGUGUUCCUUUCUGUUGAACUUGGCCUGGUUUGCCUCAUCUUGGUUUAUAUGUGGAAAUGAAAGGGGUGUGGCAGCUUCAUCUCCAGAUUCCCCAACUAGAGCUGUUCUAAGCAGGGGGAAAGACUGGACCUUUGUCAUGAUAUAUCUUUGUUUUCUUUUUUCCUCCUGGAAAGUAUGCUUUUAUCCCUGCCUCCAGGGGAAAUCUGUUGCUUAUCUCAAUUUCUCUCUUUCCUGGUGGAAUUUCAGCCCUUGCCCUACAGGUGGAUUGUCACUAUACCUCUCUUCAUUUGCUUUACCUGCAGUAGUUUGAUCCCUUCCCCCAAGGCAGCCUCCUUCUUGCUUUAUAUUCUGGGAGUUUCUCCUCACAGCUCUACCUCCCUACUGAGUCAUUUAUUUCUUAUCAUAGAUGCAAUUUGUUUUGUGUGUGGAUUGAUAUGGAAAGAAUGUUUUUAUUCAAACUGUAAAUCUACGGGAGAUCAGUGAGACAUAUGAAAGGACAAAAUGAAAUUAUGUUAAUUCCCCACUAGAGAAACCUUUAUCUGAACUGCCUUUAGCAUGUUUUCUCUGCAGGGACAAAAUCUAAUCAACACCCAUGGGUGCACCCAGUCCUGUGGGUGUAUCUUCUCUGUUCUACUCAGCUUUGACCAGAGUUUUUAAAACCAGUUUCACCUUCAGUGUUCUUGUGAAGACAUAGUUGGUCUCUUGGUGUUGUCGUUUUUUUUCUCUUUCCAGCUCCUGGAAAGCCUGAUAAUGGACACUUUUCCUGAUUCUACUUUAUAAAGCAGUAGCUUUAUAAGCAAUGGUUGCAGUUACCACAAAGACUUUCCUGUAUCAGCAAUAGCUGCCCACCAGUCAAUCUCUCUGUAAAAUUUGUUCUGCAGACCAGGAAUUGUUAAUAAUGCCCAAAGAGGCUUCUGUCUAAAGGGAGAAUUGCCUCCAUCUGGUUUCUGCAUUUGAAACCCUUGUGUAGAUGGUGAAGUAGUUCUGCAAGCAGUGACCUUUUGCUGGGAAUCCCUGGGCAUGGAGAUUCUUGCCUGCCUUUCUUUUUCUAUUGCUGGAAGUAAUUUCUACCACAGACUGUUCUGCCCUGCUUUACAAUAUUUACAGUACUAUCUCAAGGACAUUGCUUUAAGGUUUCUAUUAAUGGAAAGGUUUGAUCUUAUAAACCAAAAAAAGUUUAUUAGUAGGUGAGAACUUCUAAGGUAUUAUCAACCCCUGCUCCUGGUUCAGAUGCUUUGAACAGAUUUUUAGACACUGUUGAUUUGAUGAGAAAGAUGAAACAUGUCAAUGCAGGCUUCCUACUCUUUUCAUUUUAACUUGAUUAAUUUUGAUCUAUUAGAGACUCCACUUGUAAUCUUUUUCUGAAACUGAGGCUUCUGGUGCCUUUAUAUUGUCAUCAACAGCAGAAGUGAAUUGCUCUGUCCUAUGGUGGAGGAGAUUGAUGACAGAGAUCCCUGAUGUUUCAGAGCAAAGCCUUUGUAAUUAAGAGCCAGUGUGAGGCUUGGGAGAUCCCUGUCCUUGCCCAGUCUCCUCUGUGCUCUCUCAGGGGUUUAGGAAGGUCCUAGAAUUUGUCUGUACCUCAGUUUCCAUUUGUGAAAUGGAAAUGCUGCUCAGCAGACUGACUGUCAGAAAGUGUUAAUGGAAGAGAGGUAAGAGUUGUGGUGAGGCUGGUAAGCACAGGGAAGACUGGCAGCAAUAUCCUAGAAAGGCAGGGAGGAUCAGGAGCCAGAAAUGGUGCUGAAGGGAGGGUGACAGGAAGGAAUUGCUCCAUCCUGUUCUUAGAUCACAGCAGAUGUCACUUCAGUCCUGCUUCACCCACCCAUUAGAGAAAAAGGGACAAAGCCAGGGAGUCUUCCUCAACCUCCAUGGCUUCCUUUCUGGACAGAUACUUGACAAACCAUCAAAAGUUAAUGAUCAAAAAGCUUAUCAGGGUAUUUUCGUCUAUAAAUUUAUAAGACAAAAGAGAAAUAAUAAAGCCAUUGGAUAAUUAGUAACUAGCCAGGGCCCGCCCGGUGCCACUGGGCUCAAACUGCCCCAAGACCUGCACGCAGACUCAGGAGGAUGGGAAGGAGACAAGGAUGGGGGGAAGAAAAAGAGUGGGAGGCAGAGAGAGAAUCAGCCAAGGAGACAACAAAAUGGGAGGAAUAGCAGCAGAAGCAAUGGUGAGAAGGGAAAUAGGUGAAAAGAAUCUGAAAGAUGUAAAGGAAGUAGAGAAAACUUAAAGAUGUGGAAGAGCUGGAAGUGCAGAAGAAAUGAGACAUAUUGGGCCAGGAAGAAGACAGAAUUAUUGGGAAUGCUUUUCCACACAGAUCUGCUCCGUGCCCAAAGCACCACGUCCCCUCCCUGCAGGGCGUUAACAAAGCUCUAAUGGAUACUGACGACUUUGUGUGGCUGAAAACGAAUGAGAAUCCCGAGUCCAUGUAAAAACAUUUGUUUGAAGAAACUUUCAUGUGAACAUUAACGUAAAGACAACUUCAGCUGCUAAAGAUGUUUUUGGGAUCAUACUCUUAAUAAAGAAUUGUGUUGCUUUUGCACCCAUCUCAAGAGCAUUUAAAGAAUGGUGAGCAUUUUUUUGCAUUGUCCUGCCAGUGUUGAUACUAUUUCCAUGCAUUUUAUUUGUUAUUACAGUUUUCCUUUAUUCCCUCCCCUCAGGUAGACAUGACAACAUUAGUGGCUGAUAACAGUAAUUUUCAAUUGUAAUUACAGUAUCCAACCAUGACAUACAGUUUCUGCAUGAUAUGUCCUUAUAAGUCCAGGAUUUUGCACAGACACAGCAGAUUGUGGAGCUCUUGCAAUAUGUGACAGAGGAGAUGCUGUCAUUGUGUGUUACUUUUUUCUGCCUCUCUUUGGCAUGGUGAUCUCUUUCACAUAAACCAAGGUGGAAAAUAUUACCACUGUUCUUAUUAAAAGGAUUGUCCAUAUUCUGUUGGUAUAUAAACCUACUGAAUGUUUGAGAGGUGAUGGGGACACAGAUCAUUAAGUUUAAACUGAAUAUUUGUCAGUGGAAGCUGUAAAGAGAAGAAAGCAUAACAACAAGUUAUGUCUAUAUUGUGUGGUUUCAAGGAUUCCUUAUGCACCCAGAAGUCCUGAUGCUGCUGCUUCUGCUUGCCUUGAGGAUCUUCAGCUGUAGAAGCUUUUUUUGAGACCAGUGACCUUUGAAGUGUAUAAAACCAGAAAUGCACAUCUGUUUGUAUGAUAGGACCUCCCUGAAUGCUACAACUGGAUGCCAUGUGGAGAAUGCUUAGCUGAACAAGGGAACAUUUCAAAUGCUGAGGAGGAGGUAAAUAUUCUCUAUGACUUUAUCAUGAAAGGAUUUUUCCCUUGGUCUAUUGGAAUUGUCCAUUUUAAACUACAGGAGCCUGGAUAAUUAGCAAAAAACCAAAUAAACUUACCCACUUUCAUCUCUCCAUUCAUUGGAACCUGCCAGGCUGUGCCAGAGAAUAGCUCAGCCCCACUAAGUAUUUCAGAGCCUCAGUGCAGGAAAACCAGUGAGCUUUUCAGUGUUUCUUAAAUGUUAGAAAUGUUAGUGGUCAGACUGAAAGGGAUUCCUGCUGUGAAUUAGCCAGCAUCCCUAUUUUAUAGCCUGGCACUAAGGAUUGCAAUAUCACAUUUCUCAGAUUUUAUUACAAGUGCAGUUCUGAGGUGAUGAGAGAACAGCAGAGGUCAAGGGUGGAAGUUAGAUUAUAGUUUUAUUGGAGGAAGAGCUCAGUUGCAGAGUGCCAUAAUCAGAAAAUGUUCUUCUGUAGCUGAAUUGUACUCAGGGAUUGUGCCUUGAGGAUGAAUAUUUGAAAUAAGGGGACUUGUGUUUCCUAUAUCCAUUUUUAUCUAUUAUCAGUGCUUACUCUAUUUUGAUUUCCUUAAUUGUAACCAUUUCCAGGUUACAACUGAUUGAUUCUCGAGUCACUCUGAUUAAAAUGAUCUUGGUCAUUGUAACAGGGGAAACUUGAAGUUUGAAGACACCAAGAGAUACCUGCUUGUUUUUCUCAUGUUUGCAGUAUUUGGUUUUGUAUUAACUGUUCCAAAGUAAUCUCUUCUCCCCUAAUAAAGUGAGUGAAUUACUUAACACUGAAAA